GAUAAUUUAAAAAACUUUUUAUUAAAUAAACGGUUAAAAACAAUUUAUCUUAUUUAGUAUUAUACAGGAUAUAAGAAGAGAAGAAUCUUCAAAUUAUUUCACAAUAAUCAUUGUUUUCCUGGGUAUGCUUAGUAAUGUCAUCAGCAAAUAGUAUAGAAUCCCUAGGAACAUUACAAUGGGAUAUAAUCGAAUUGGCCAAUCAUUUGCGCCAGGAACGCUUAUUUGUUACUUCAGAACAACAAAAUUUACAAAUACUGAAUGAAAAGGUGUUAUAUGCAUCAUCAAAUUUAGCCCAACAAGCAUGGAUUACAGCACAACAAAGAGUUAAUCUUAAUCAAUUGAUAAUGUCGAAACCAUACUGUACACCGGCAUCUUGUUGUCAAAGAGCAAAUACAUUGGAAAAUUCAAAUUUUGUUGAUGUGUACAAAUAUUUACGUUAUCAGACAUGUUUGUUAUAUGGGGAAUUCUUGGGUGCUCUUAGAAAGUCUCCAAAAUUACUUGCAUUGUGUUUAGUUGAAGGGAAUAAAUUAUUACCAGACUCUGUGCAAACUAUAGUUCAGUCAUUAGCUGCAGGUUUAUAUGGUAGUUGUUUGCUACCAGAAGAUAAAAUCUUGGUUUUAAAAUUACUGAAACAUCUAAUGCUGCUACAAAUUGUACCAUCAGAUAAUCCUCGAAGAUUACUAAGACAUGGCACAUGUGCUUUCUCUAGGUUUUACUCAGUUUUUCAUGAGAGUUUAUUUUCAGCCAAGUUUUUUUUGACUGCUGCUUUACAUAAUCCUAUUAUACAGUUAUUAAUGGAAGAUGAAAUGUUUCUCGAUAUCGAUCCAGAUAAAGCACCUAUAAGAUUUCCUCCAUCAGAAAGAUUGAAAAAAUUUGGCAAAGAAGAUACUGCAGAGUAUGAAGCGAAGCUACAACAAUAUAGGCUCUGGACGAUUAAUUCUUUAUUCCAUAUUACACAAAGAUUUAUUAUCAGUAUACGGGAAAAUAUGCAUUGUUUUCCAAGCAGUGUAUGCUGGUUGGUUAGACAAAUGGCUGGACUUUUGGGGAAAAGUGGAAAUGUUGAUUCAAAAGAGGUACAUGCGAUGUGUACCGACUUAGUUUUUACGUAUUUUAUAUGUCCUGCAAUAGUAAAUCCAGAACCAUAUGGUAUUACUGAUGCACCUAUUAGUUACGUUGCUCGAUUCAAUCUCAUGCAAGUUGGACAAAUUUUGCAAAUGCUUUCCUUAAUGAAAUACCAAGUUGUUGACAGUAAAACAUUCGACCUAUACAAAAAAUUCGAUAAGGAUUCCGUUUCUUCUAUAAUAGAUGCAAUGGUAGAUGGUGCAACAGAAGAGCUUGAAGACGAGCCUAAUAUCGUCGAUAACAAUAAACUUCGAGGACUUUGUCGCUUUGCUGCUUUAUUCACAGAAACGGAAUUAAAUACAUUGAUUAUAUUUCUGCAAACCAUUGCUACAGAGGCUACGGUAGAAAAUGCCUCGCGAUCUGCUGCAUUUGAUACAAAGCAAUUGAUCGAUAUGCUCUCUCAAUUACCUUCUGGUUCUUUAACUGCUAAUAAAUUGCCUAACAAUGUCUCUGUUGAAACUAUCAAUAAGAAGGGAGGUCUGUUAGGAAAAGGAAAAAAUUGGGGUGUACGAGUAUCAUCCUCGUCGUCAUCCAAUACGACUAAUGACGGAGGAGAUGAAUUAAACGGCACUUCAACACCUGAAGAAGAACCUGUUGACAAAAGUCCUCAAGAUGUUCUUGUUAUUCCAUUUGGACCAAAUACUGGAGAAUUUGUAGGACUUCUUAGUGAACAAAAAGUAUUAUGCACAGAACUUCAAUCUAACAUGGGAAAUGGACCGCUUAAUUUGAAUCUCUCUGGUGAUAUAACUAACAUACAUGAAAGACAAGAAAAUUGUGGAGUUGAGCGUACAGAAAGUCAAGAGAAAAAGACAAGGUUUUCAUUAUCUCAUGACGAAGUUUUAUUUGAAGGCUUUAUCGGAAAUACAUCGGAUAAUUUAGAAGCUGUAUCAGAAGCUGCUUCAAAUCAUAGUGUUGCUUCCUCGCUCGAGUUGGAAACAGAGGAUCAAAACGAUAAUCUCUCUGAUAUGGUAUCCGCCAGCGUAUCUGGGCGUGGAACGCCAAAUAUAUCAGGUCGUGACACUCCAUCAUCUCAAAUCACCGAAGGAGACGAAGGACGAGCAGCAGGUGAAACUCGGCAAUUGGAUUUACCUCCAUCAAAUUUAUCAACGAAACAAAGUCGAUCUGAAAUAGAUGACAAGUUUUGUAAAUUUGAAAUAAAAAAGUUGAUCGAAGGAGAUGAAACUGUUUCAAUGGUAUCUGAUACCUGGUCAACAGAUGUCCUGGCUUCGGAUAGUGAAAUAAUUGAACAACAAGAAAAAAUACUAUAUCCUUCUUCCUCUGAGCAAACCCCUUCAGUUUUGUCAACAUCAGAAUCAGUGCCGCAAGCUGUGUUAGAUGUUAGUGAAACUGCAUCCGAAGCCUGGAGUACCGAUGUAUUGGCUAGUGAUUCUGAAAGACUAACAGAGGUUGAUACUGAUGAUACUGCUAGUGUUGCAAGAUCUGAUGAUACCGCGAGAUCUGAAAUUGAAGUUGAAUCUCGUAGCGAAGCCGAAACAACUGAAAAAACUUUGGCACAGGAAAUUUCUCAAAAUGUUACACCAAUCGAAUGUGUGUCAACAACGAAUCUUCAGUCGAUGCCGAUAAACCCAGAAAAUAUACAAUUUCCUACAACUGUUAAUCUUUCGCCGACAACUCUCUCGGUAUCUUCCUUGAGUGUAACUGAACAGAAUGGAAAUAGGGCCGACUGUGAAUCAAACAUGAUAAAAUAUAUUGAUAAAAAUGCCAAUAGUGUUGCUGGUAGCACAACAGAUUAUAACAAAUCGUUAUGUGAAGAUAGAUUGGUUCAUCUCAUUGACAAACUUCACAUUGAGAAUGAAAAAGUUCAGAUUGAACGGCAAACUUCUUCAACUCACAAUCACAUCAGUGUAGCAGCUGUUGCACCAACUUUAUUAUUAGCUAAUCAUAUUUCACCUCCCACCUUGUCAAGCACAGAAAAAUCGCACAACGCCAGUGUGAAAUCAGAGUCACAGGAAUUAGGAAGUAGCUUAGUUACUUCAGUUGAAGAAAGUGUUAACGAAAGUGGUCAGGACGGCAUUGUUGGAGUAAGUACUGGUAGCUUGGCAUCGAGCAGUAGCUCUGGUUCUGAGACGCGAACAAAAAAUAUAAGUUCGGAGUUACCACUAUCAGCGGGAACAUUGGUGAAUGAAAAUUGUGAUAUUAUAAUGAAUAACUGUUCAAAACCAACCGUAUCCAGCGGAGCCAUACCAAAAAGUAUCAGUUUUGACAUGACUGCGGAGCGUGGAGACAAGGAAUUGUUAGACGAUGAACAGAAAAAUAAAAGAGGUUUUUUUGGAAAAUUGAAAAUGUCUCUAAGAAAUAGACGUGGUAAAGUAAUUCGUGGCACGGAUGACAUCGGUAGAUGUUACGACCGUGAAUCCAUUAGUGAUAAUAUCGACGUAGGACGACAUAGAUUACGCAGAAUAAUGUCAGAAGAUGUAUCAUCAACUGGUAAUGCAAGUGGUGAUACUACGGAUGAUAUUUUAGCCAAAUAUAGAAGAAAACCAAGUGCGACAAGCGAUACAGCGUCUGUAGAAAGUAAUCAAUCUCGUACAAAAGAAUCAAUUGAAGAUGAGAGACUUCUCAUAGAUCCGAAUAAUAUUGAACUUUCCUACGCAUUUGCUGAUGCUAAAAGAAAAUUACGAAUGGUACUUAGUACUGCUGACCUUCAACAUAUUCCUUGGAGUGCAACUUCCGAACGAAAUUAUUGGUCACAAAAAGAAAAUGAAUUAGUUGCCUUCCUCCAGUUGCAAUUGGCAGAAGCUAUUAAUUUGCAAGACAGAGCAUUAAUAGCACAUUUACACGAAACAUUACGUUGUGUUAGAUUGUUUAAUGAUGAUGAAUGUAGGAAAUUAUUCAAAUCACUACGUGAAGAUUAUCAAAAGCGUUCACCUUACAUCGCAUAUUUGAUUAGAUGUCGGCAAGGAUUACUUUCUACAUUAGCUCACUUGGAUAGGUUGUGUGUUAGAGUAAAAUGUGAUCGUGAUGCCGUCAAUAAUCAUCUUGUAUCUGUUUGUGUAAAAGUCUUCUUAGAAAAAAAGGAGUCGCUUCUACUACGUUUUUGCGACGAAUUCAAAAAAUUAACAUUAGCAGAUGAGAAACAAGAUUUAGUGGAUAGUUUUCUAAAUAAGCUCCACGCGAAAAUGGAUAACGAUCCAAUUUGGCAGUGUCCAUGCGAAAAUCAGUUGAACUUGGCAAGAGUUGUAGUGGAAAGGACUGUAAUGGCACGUGUGUAUCAUAACGCUCUUUAUCCGAAUGGAGAUGGUGACAUUAAUAGGGAUCAAUUAUUACAUGAUCAUAUUAAAAAAUUGGCUAAGGUCAUAACACCGAACCAUAAAGAUUUACGAAUUCCUAAAAUAUACCAUUACGAGUGUCCCUGGCCAUGGGCUCAAGCAGAGUUGAGCAUGAUAUCAGCAUAUAAAACACCUAGAGAUAAACUACAAUGUGUUUUUCGUUGUGCUACCACUAUCAUGAAUUUACUUUCAAUGGCAACUGAAAGAGGAGUGCCUGCAGCAGAUGACUUGAUUCCUGUAUUAGUCUAUGUUAUCAUUAAAACCAACCCGCUGUCCUUGCUUUCAACCAUACAAUACGUGGAUAGUUUCUAUGGAAAUCGAUUAGGGGGAGAAGAACAAUAUUGGUGGACUCAAUUUUGUUCCGCGAUUAAAUUUAUAAAGACUAUGGAUUAAGUUACACCUAAUAACAAGAUAUUGCAGGAACAUGUAGAAAUAGUGUAUCAUAAUUUUCAUUUCCAUAGUCUAUCAUGUUAUUGCAAUUGUCUUUUUCAUUGCCACUAUCAUUAUUGUCUUUGUGAUCAACGUAUUAAUAUUACUAAUAUCAAUGCCAUUAUCCUUACUACUUUCUAUCCUAUUAUUUCCAUCAAAAUUUCUCCCACUGUUAUUCCUUGUUGCUACUAUAAACAUUUACCAUUUCUAUUGUCAUUCUUAUUAUAAUAUUAUAGUCAAUCUCAUUAGCCUAGUUAAGUUCAAAUAUUAAUUAUCAUCACAACCACCGUCACUA